UAUCGUCUCUCCGUACUUUUUCCUCUCCUCCUUUCUCUUUCGUAGCUUGCCCUAGAAGAAAGCCAAAAACCCCAUUCUAGGGUUUCCAAAACCGUUUAGGUCUUCCAUCGUUUGCAUUGGUUUCGUAAUUUCUGCUGUUAUUUUCACUUCCUGAUGAGUAUACAUCCAUUCUCGUAACUGUUUCUUGUGCUGUCGCAAUCGAUUUAGGAUUUAGAAUUUUCUGGUUGGGGAAUAUGAAUUUUUUUGAAUGUUGAAGAUGCCGAGGAAUGUCGACAGAGGGAUGUUAACAUACACGUGGCAAAAUAUGGCUGGUAAUAUGGACCGUUGAUCUGGUGGGCCAACAUGAGGAUUGGCUAAUUGCCUAAAAUCACAAUGGAAGGCCCAAGAGUGCCUCUAUUUUCAUCCGCAGCAUUGCAGAAAGGUCAUGGUGCAUUUUGCAGUUCUUCGCAAACACCAGAUCAAGCUUUAUCUUGUACCUCUUAGAAUAGGUCAUGCAUUGCAAUGCUUGCAAUGCUCUCCCUCAAAAGGCUCACUGAAAAUGAACAGAACAUGCAAGGAAGUUCACCCUUCUUUUGGUGUUUUGGCUACAAAUGACUUUAAGAGGUCUAAGACGUUGCUUGAUAUUUCAAGUAUCUCCAUGGAUGAUUUGAAUGAUUUUGAGACACAGCUGCAAGAGUUCUUCAAUGAAGUCAAAUCUAUGCUGGCAAUGGGGAACAAAGAUGAUGCCAUAGAUCUGCUUCAAGCAAAUUAUUUAGCAGUAAAAGAGCAGAUUGAUGCUGGUUAUAAAGGCAUGGAGCAAGCUGCUAUUCUUGACCUCAUAGCCUUGGGAUACAUGGGUGUUGGUGACUUGGCGUUUGUUGAGUGUCUGUUAGAGAUGCUGUGGGAGAUAGUGGGAAGCAUAGAGAAUGAUGAGCCACUUUUGGAUUCAGUACUGAUGCAUAUGGGAAGCAUGUAUACAACUUUGGGGAAGUUUGAGAAUGCAAUGCUUGCAUAUAGGCGGGAUGUUGAAAUUCUAGAGAGUCUGUUUGGAAAGCAUAGUCCUAUUCUUAUCGCACUACUUAUGGGAAUGGCAAAGGUCUUUAGCUUUAUUGGAAGGGCUACAAAAGCAAUAGAGAUCUACCAUCGGGCGGUCAUGAUUUUGGAAAUGAACAGAGGUGCGGAAUGUGAGGAUCUUGUGAUACCUUUAUGUGGUCUUGGCAAUCUUCUUAUCAAGGAAGGAAAGGCUGCAGAUGCAGAAAUUUCUUUUAAGAGAAUAUUGAGCAUAUAUACAAAGUUAUAUGGAGCCAAUGAUGGAAGAGUAGGAAUGGCUAUGUGUUCCCUGGCCCAUGCCAUGUGUGCAAAAGGAAAUCUCAAUGAAGCUAUUGGUGCAUAUAGAAAGGGUCUUCAGGUUAUUAAGGAUUCUGACUAUAUGGCUUUAGAUGACAAUGUUCUAGAAAAGAUGAGGAUUGACUUGGCAGAACUACUUCAUAUUGCGGGAAGAGAGCAUGAAGGUCGGCAGCUACUGGAGGAGUGUUUGCUGAUCUCUAAAAGGUACAAAGGGAAAGAGCAUCCAGGUUCUGUGACCCACCUUCUAAACCUUGCCAGCUCUUAUUCACGCUCAAAGAAUUUUGUGGAGGCUGAGCGCUUGCUGAGGACAAGUCUUCAGAUCAUUCUUUUAAAAUACUGUAUGAAAAUUGUGUUUUGUGCUCUCAUAUGA